AUGAAUUCCGAAAAGAAUCCGCCAAACCGCGAAAUAGCUCGUCGGAUCGGCGCGCAGACCCAAGGCAGGAACAGGGAUUUCGCCAGCCCCCGCAACGCUGACCGGCAGUCGACGAGACGAGACAAGAGUUUGCGUAAUGAGCAUUCUGAGAUUUCUCAUCGGCAAUACCACCGCCAGCACAAUUCUGGCGAGCACCGUGGUCAGCAUGACAAAUUAGACCGCAAUGACCACCACGGUGAACGGUCCAACUCCAUGCACGACCGAUACGAUGAACCCCUCCAUUAUGAUCAGAGCAAAAGGAAUACCGGAAAGUACAAGAGAUACGAUCGUCCAUUGAGCCCAGACAGCGGCACAGAGAUUUUCGUGGGUGGAUCCGGGCCACUGCCCGGUUUCCCUCGAGCCAUGACGCCACCUCCAACUAUAAGCACUCUUACACCUGAUCAGCUUUGGAUCUCUCGUCGACAGUCGCUAGUAAGCCUCGAACUUCGCGCAAGUGAUCAACAAUGA